ACUGGUAAAAUGGCGGUGAGUAACAGAGCGAGGAACUUACAGACGUUGAAUAUUUCUUCACUGUUUAGUCGAAUUCAUGGUGCAUUUUCAGAAGCUAUGGCGUCACCAAAAUUUGUAAUAGAUAGAAGAACUAUAGAAAAAACGUGGAAGUUGAUGGAUAAAGUUGUUAAAUUAUGUCAACAUCCGAAGAUGAACUUAAAAAACAGCCCCCCGUUUAUUUUAGACAUUGUUCCUGACACAUACCAACAUUUACGGGUUAUCUAUGGAAAACAUGAAGAUCGAAUGCAUGUGUUAAAUGACAAUGAGUAUUUCAGGAUUUUUAUUGAAAAUUUGAAUCGUAAGUGUAAACAAGCGAUUAAGUUAUUUAAAGAAGGGAAAGAAAGAAUGUUUGAUGAAUCUUCUCACUAUAGAAGAAAUUUGACAAAGUUAAGUUUGGUUUUUAGUCACAUGUUGUCAGAGUUAAAAGCAAUUUAUCCAAACGGAAACUUUGCAGGUGAUACCUUUAGAAUAACAAAAAGUGAUGCUGCGGAAUUUUGGAAAAACUGCUUUGGAGAAAGAACAAUUGUACCAUGGAAGAUAUUUAGACAAUCUCUUCAUCAAGUUCACUCAAUCAGCUCUGGAUUGGAAGCUAUGGCUCUAAAAUCUACUAUAGACUUAACUUGUAAUGACUUCAUAUCCAAUUUUGAAUUUGAUGUUUUUACAAGGUUGUUUCAGCCAUGGUCAUCUCUUCUACAAAACUGGCAAAUUCUUGCAGUGACACAUCAUGGUUAUGUAGCAUUCCUUACAUAUGAUGAAGUAAAAGCAAGACUUCAAAAAUAUAUCAAUAAACCAGGAAGCUAUGUAUUUAGGCUUAGUUGUACCAGGCUUGGCCAGUGGGCCAUUGGGUAUGUUACUGGAGAUGGUACAAUCCUACAGACUAUCCCUCAGAAUAAAUCCUUAUGUCAAGCACUUCUGGAUGGAUAUAGAGAAGGCUUUUACUUGUAUCCUGAUGGAAGGAACACAAAUCCAGACCUCAGUUGGGCAGUGCAGGCCACUCCCGAAGACCACAUCAGAGUAACUCAGGAGCAGUACGAGCUGUAUUGUGAAAUGGGAUCAACAUUCCAGUUGUGUAAAAUCUGUGCAGAAAAUGACAAAGACAUUCGUAUUGAACCAUGUGGUCAUCUUUUAUGCACUCCUUGUCUUACAUCGUGGCAGGACUCAGAAGGUCAAGGUUGUCCAUUUUGCCGAGCAGAAAUCAAAGGGACUGAACAAGUGGUAGUAGAUCCAUUUGAUCCAAUGGGACGAAUGAUAAAGAAAGAAGAUUCACAUGGAUCCAAUUCUGCUCACCUGGUGGAUUUAGAUGAUGAUGAAAAUUUUGAGGAUCCCAACACCUGGACAUCGUGUUUACAAGCAUUGGCAUUAUCUCCACGUUCAGAAACAGCAGACAGUAGUAGGUCAAGCAGUAGAUCACCUAUGGUAUCUCCUAGAACUUCUCCCCAAUCGGGUCGUAGACCUCCAGGUGCACCACCUCCUGUUCCUCCUCGAAGGUCUUCCCCGACAGGGACACCAGGACAGUCUCCAGGCACAUCACCAAGGCAUCAACUUUUAGGUAAUCCAAACACAGAAGAACACAUAAAUGGAAUAAUAACUACGAUAUCUGUCACACCACAGAGCUCACCAGAAAACUCGGGUGUGAUUGUUUCCUACGCAGAAAUUAAGCAUAAUGAAGAAGAGACAGAACCUUUAGCAACUGCUGUAAAAUCUGUAGCUUCUUUUCCUCCCUCAAGUAACCACGUGCUGAUUAGUACUUCUUGUGGAACUUGGCCUGGCCCAUCUCCAGGUAUUACUCUCAUUCCCAGCUCUACAAAUUUUGUCCAACAAUGCUAUUCUCUCAGCUCUUCACCGUUUAUAGGAGAUUCUAACCUACCUGGAUUAGGCUUACAUGCAACUGUUUCUGAUGCUUCGAGGACCCCUUCUUCAACGACGACAAUAACUCCUACUAGUCAAUCAGUUCAUUAUGCAGAACUCUCAGAAAUUGGGGAAGAACCAAGUUAUGCUAACACAGACUUAAACAUUGGGCAUGCUUCAAGUUCCUUAUCACCAGGAAAAGCAGUGUCAGAAGUUCACGAAUUUCCUGUUGGUCCUGCUACUUCAUGUCAAAAUGCUAAAAGCCCUGGAACUGAGAACAACAUAAAAUUAGAAAAAAGGACACGUCCUAUGAAGCCACUUGGAACAAGCUCUUUAGAGAACAAAGAAAAUGAUAGAGUUAGUUAUGAAAAUCUUCACAUGGAUUACAUUGCUGCUCUUACUUCAGAAGGUUACACACAAGAUGCAGUGAUUCGUGCCCUAGGUAUUGCUAGGAAUAACCUUGAAAUGGCUAGAGACAUUUUGCAUGAGUUUGUUAGUAAACAGAAGUGACUGGAGGUUCAUUCUUUUUGUGAACAAAUGCUGCCUCUGAAAUGUGUUCAUCCAAGAUGAAACUUUUAUAGGAUCAGAGUUUUUUUCCCCCCCUUCCUUCUGGAAGAGAAAUUAAUCUAUUUUCGAAAUUUUUUUCCAGCAAUUUUUGAAGGAUAACUAUUUCACCCAAGAAGUGAAGCGGGUAUUGAGAGAUUAUUGUUGUAAAAAAAAAAAGAAGUUUUAACCUAGUCAAUUAGUUUACUUAUGUAAGUUUAUUCCUUAUGUUCAGCUGAAAUUUUCAUUCUGCAUUUUUCCCAUUAUACAAGGUUAAAGUGAUAUUUGCAUAAAUGCUUACAUACUCUCCAUAAUUGUGUGCAAGUUGAGAAGAUAAUUUGGUUGGAUUGGUUUUCAUUUCAUCAGAACAGUGUUUUUAUAAUCUUUUCUUAUCCUAUGAUCCAAAAAUACUUUAUUUAAAACAGGAAUGCUUAAUAAAAUUUACAUGUCAGGAAUAGCUACCACAUGGGCAUAGCAUUAGGACAUAUUUAUAUAUCAAGAACAAUGAAAUGUUUUAUUCUAUGUUUUUUUUCUCUGAUACUUGAGAAAAUUUCUAUGGUUUAGAAGUUUUACCCUAAAUGUUUUGUAAAUAAAUUUAAAAAAGUAAUAUAAUUAUAUAUACACAUAUAAUUAUACUUUAGGGUUUACCAAAAGUUCUAAAUAAGGAAACAUCUAAUUGUUAUUAAGAUGUUUUUUAUGGAUGGCUAGCUUAUUAUGAAAUAUACUGUCAUAAAACCUUGGUCACAACUACUAUCAACAUACCAGUAAUAUCCCCACUAAAUAUUUUCAACCAAUGCAUAGCUACAUAAUCAUGAGAUUUAUUAUCACAUUCUUUAUCCCACAGUAGUGUAAAAUGUAUUUGUAUAUAUAUAUAUGUGUGUGUGUGUGUGUGUAUGUAUCUAUAUAUUAAUAUGUAGUUGACAUUAUGACUUUCUUUGACUGUAUAAUAUGUUUAAAGUUGAAGCUCAUAAUUUUGUUUCAGGUGUUGUUGUAAAUAUGCAAUGUAUCAUUAUUGUUUAAAUUAGUGUAGAGACUAAUAGCACUUAACUACUUUACCUUUACAUGUACAAACAGGUAAUGUUAAAAAGUAUAUUAAUUAUAAAUAAAUAAACUACAUAUAAGCUUUAUUUUGCUGAAGCUUUUAUAAAUACUGUAAUAGCAAAAAAAGUACACACACACACACACAUAUAUAUUUGCCCAUAAUAUAUAUAAAAGCUCAUCAGUCAAUUAUAAUUGUAGAUUAAAUAUUGUUAUGCAAUGUUUUGUCCAAAGACUUGCAUCUGGUACAAUUUUGGUUACCCAACAAAUUAUCCUGAAGAGCAUUGUACAGUAAACAAUCAUUUCAAGCUGUGAUAUCAAAACAUUUCUAGAUUAGCAUGAUGGUAUUGUUACUACAUCUUAACUUUAAUUUCUGCUAUAAGAAAAACUGGGGGAAAUUACAUACAGAUGUGAUGUUUUUGUUGUUCCUUUUUUUAACCAUAUAAUGUAUUGAAUUAGAAAUUUGUUCUUAUAUUUAUCAAAUAUCACAGUGAAGUUCAUUAUUUUUUGAUUAGAUAACCUGGUUUCAUUGGUGUUUUUUAUUCAAAGUUAGCUUAUUUCUAAAUGUUUCUCUCUUAUAAUCCUCAAGCUUGUUAUGAGUAAAUUUCAGUUAGAUGUGAUUUAUUUUUUUGUCUUAUUUCACAGCUAACAGGUAAAUCAAAUAACUUACAAUAAUCUUUUUAAAUAGCUAGACUUUUUUGUUCUUAUGUGCUCUUUAAUUUAAGUUUAUUUAAUAUAUGCUUAACACAUCUUUGAAUAUCAUAACCGUGUAAAACAUCUAAUCUGUUAAAUCCGUGAGGCUUUUUACAGAUAGGUUUUUAAGUGAUUAAAAGCCCAUUUGCUUGCUGAAUAAAAAGCUGCUUAUGUAGUGACUUGUGGUAGACAAAAAAGAUAUAUCUGAAAUAUUUUACCCACUACUGAUUCAAAAUCCAUAAUGAAAUAAUUCCAAGGAAUAUAAGAAGAAAACAAACUCGUGCAGUCAGGUAUGACUUUAAUCAAUUUUUUCUCAUAUCCUUUAUUAAUAUGUAAUAAACUUUGGUGUAAAUCCUAUAAAAUAACCGCAAAUGUUGGAAAGAAAUAUUAGGUUUUUUCAACUACGCUAACUAUGUGAAAUACAGUGUCUUCCUUUCACAGCAUAUGCUACAUCAUUUUAUUUUUUUAUCUUGACUAUUGUAUAAAUAUGCAAAAUCUAAUGUGAACCAAUUAAACUUUUCUUCACUGUAAUUGAAAUCUUAUUUUCAUAUCAGAUAUAUAUAUAUAUAGUCUCUGAGGAUGCUAUGAUUUUAUAUAAAUGGCUUUAAAAAAAUUGCUUAUUGUGCCAAAGAUACACGUGCUUUAAAAUGUGACAUGAAAUAUUAAAAUAAUAGGUCUAACUAUUGAUAUAUUUAGAUGGUUUGAGAUACUCUAAUCAAGUAAGUCCACUUUAAUUCAUUAUGUCUGGCAGGAAAAUUUAUUAUGUUUACUGUAUUUUCUUCAAAGUUUCAUUUAUUGUAGCUUUACUUAGGUUAUUUCUUUGUAGUUAGAGAUACGAAUAUUUUUAAUACACCCUUCCAUUCCUCAAAUCACCAAUCUGCUUCGCUUUCAAAAUCUUUUCAACUCAUCUGUUGAUGCAUAAGCUUAAUAUGAUCAAAUCUGACAAAAAAAGAAUCUCAAGUGGAAGAAUAAGUCAUUUUUAUUCGAAAUUCUUAAAAACCUUUCAAACUGUUAUAGUUUUUACAUUUGUAAUACACCAAAAAUUUUUUUUAUUUCAGCUAGUGCUUUAAUAAUUUCUUUACUAUUUUAUCAAAAGUAUGAUGCCUUUAUAAUGUAUUAUAAUUAUUUUGUGUGCAUAAAACAUUUUUCCAACAAACGACUAGACAAUGUCACAGGUUACUUGUUUAUUGGUGUGGUUUUUCAUAAUUUUGAAAUAAAAUAUUCUCUUCACAACUAGCUCUCUCUCAUGCACUGGUACAUCCUUAUGUACAAGUUACAACUUGCAUUGCAGUUUUACACACAGUGCAUAAAACGUAAAUCACCGAAUUUAUUGCAAUAUUUUCUAUCCACACACCCCUGCUGUUACAUACAAUGUAAAUAUGUAUCACUUUUUCUUUAGAGCCCCUGUACUGUAUCAUGUUUAAAGUUCAAAUCAUGUGCUUUUCCCCCCCAGUGAUGUAAAUAUGAAAUAUAUCUUUGUCCUUUAGAGUAUUUUGCCUAGAUUGCUGAAUAAAAACCUCUAAACUAGGACAUAGAGUGUAUUUAUCUGUACAAGCUGAUAUGAAUAAAAAAGAAAAGAAAUUAUGAA